AUGUCCGAAUUCGACGGUGGCUUCAGUCUGGACGCCAAUGGCGGCUUCAGCGUCGAGAGAAACUCCCAAAGACAAGCUGGCGCUCGCCAGAGCUUGACCCCUGUGACCAUCAAGCAACUCAACGACGCGGACCAGCCAAUACCUGAUGGCGAGUUCAGAAUACACAACGUCAACUUGAGCAUGAUUUCGUUCGUCGGAAUCGUCAGAAAGGUGGUGCCACUCGCCAACUUGAUUGUCAUCACCAUUGAGGACGGCACUGGCUCUGUGGAAGUGAGAAAGUGGAUUGAUGACCAGAAGAUGUCUGCUGCCGAAGAAGUCGAACGGUUCGAAGCAUACUUGAGCAAGUACGUCUACGUGGGCGGUGCAUUGAAGAUGUUCCAGGAGAAGAAAAGUGUGCAAAACGCCACUGUCACUUUGAUCGAAGACCACAACCAAGUGUUGUACCACAACUUGUCAGCCAUCGCCAACCACUUGAAGGCCCAAGGAAUAGUCCCAAGCAAGUCGGAAAAACUGCUCUUUGUUAGUGCCGACGACAAGGGCCCCAAGGCGGAGAUAGAGCGCGUGUUUGACAUCUACAAGAAGCACAGCCCAAGCAUGCCUGAAGGUGUGCCUAUAUCCUUUGUGGCGCAGGCAUUGGACAUCAGCCCUUCCGUGGUGAUGGAAUACUCUCGUGAGUUAUCGGAAACAGGCAGAGUUUACCUGGGAACCGAAGAUACUUGUUUUAUUGCGAUUGAUGUUUAA